UCGACACAUAAUGUCUGUCCAUCACUCCCCCUUAUGAUGGUGCUGUGAAACCCGAUCCACAUGGUUGUGCCUGUGUGCCCCGCCGCUGACUCUCAGUGCAGGGCAGCGCCGCUCCUCUGCUGACCUCCAUCCCUCAGUAUGGACGAUGGAGAAGCCUCUCAGCCAUCACUGGGUCAUCCACCUGCAGCACACAGCGCCCGGCUCUGCGAUCGGCUGGCCCUGCUGCCCAGGAAGAUCUUUACCUGGUACGUCUUGAAGACGGUCAUCCUGGGUCAGUUGCUGUCUCUGUUCAUCUGUGGGACGGCAGUGACGAGUCAGUUCCUUGCGGAGAAUUAUAAGGUGGACACGCCAAUGUUCCAGAGCUUCAUCAAUUACUGCCUGCUCUUCCUGGUUUACACCGUCUGGUUGGCGUUCCGAUCAGGGGAGAACGGGCUGCUACAUAUUCUGAGGAAGAAGUGGUGGAAGUACCUCCUCUUGGGUAUCGUGGAUGUGGAAGCAAAUUACUCGAUCGUCAAAGCCUAUCAGUUUACAACCAUCACUAGUGUCCAGCUUUUGGACUGCGUUGGGAUCCCGGUUCUGAUGGCUCUGUCUUGGUUCAUUCUUCACUCGCGAUACAGAGUGAUCCAUUUUAUUGCUGUUGUGGUCUGUUUGUUGGGUGUCGGGACCAUGGUUGGUGCAGAUGUUCUGUCCGGAAGAGAAGAAGGCAAAGCUACUGACAUGCUGAUCGGUGAUGUGCUGGUGAUCCUAGGUGCCUGCUUGUACGCCAUCUCCAAUGUAUCUGAAGAAUACAUAGUGAAAAACCUCACCCGUGAGGAGUUCCUGGGGAUGCUGGGCCUGUUUGGCACUUUUAUCAGCGGUAUACAACUGAUGGCUGUGGAAUACCAUGCUAUUGGCAGCAUUAAGUGGGACUGGAGAAUAGGACUGCUGUUUGCCGCUUUUGCUCUUUGCAUGUUCGGGCUGUACAAUGUGAUGCCCCUUGUGAUAAGAGUCACCAGUGCCACCUCUGUUAACCUGGGGAUCCUGACUGCCGACCUUUACAGCCUCUUCUUUGGCCUCUUCUUAUUUGGAUACAGUUUCUCUCUUCUCUACAUCCUGGCGUUUGUGGUGAUUAUGGUGGGCUUCAUCAUGUACUGCAGCACAGCAACUUACCAAAUGGAGCCUACGCCAGCGCCGACUAGUGGAGGGAUAGAGAAUAGCGCCAUGAAGGAUGAGGAGACGCCACAGGAGCCUGCCACUCCUCUGCAGUACAUGCCCGAGGAGCUCAACAGAGCAGGCUUGGAUUGAACACAACCACCACACUGCCUUUGCCAUUUUUAUAUGAAAUGAAGAAACUACAUUUUAUCAAAUUUUUAAAAAAAUUAUUUUUAGACCUUUUUUCUUUGUAUUUUUGACCAAGUUUAAAUAUCCUAUAAAGUUUGUUUUUAGUUCUAUUUCUGCCUAGUUUUACUCUUGCCACAUUCUUAGUCCUACCAGCGAGCUUUUUGCCUUGGACAGAUUUUCGUAAAGAACUGCUGUGCGGACGCAGUAACACUAAACACAGAACAUGUCAAGAUCUGUUUUAGUUUUCAGUGACUUAAUAUUUAAUUAUACUUUUUACAUUUUUGCACUAGAGUUUUUGGCGAUAAAAGCAUUUUUAUAAUUAAUAUUGCAGUGGCAACCUUAACCCAGCUUGGCUAUGUAUGUCCAUAUGUAUAGUUAGAAAUUUAGAACUGGAGUUGCUGGUAAGAACAUUUAUUCUAUUACUUUUCAUUUUUUGCUAGUUUUUAGUGGUUUAUUUUUUACAUUUAAAAAUUGAAUAUCAGCUUUCAGAAAUGUGACUUUUUUUUUUAUACAGGGAUUGUCCGGUUUUAGAAAAGUCCUUGUCAAGUAACCGAUUUGUUAAGUUAAUAUAUAAGAAUUCCUCUUUUUUCACGACCCUUAUUUGGGAGUCCGAACAGGGAAUGGCUAGAGUUUUCUCUCUGGAGAACCUGGCAUGUUCAUCUCUUUCAGUGAGAAUGGUGUAAUUCUUCACUUCCCCUGUGGAGGCACUGCGGGGCAAUUUACCAAUUUGCUACCCGAUUCCCAAACAGAUUACAGCUGAUUGCCAGGGCCCUAUUGGAUGGAUUGCCCAUGGUUAGCUUAUUUUAGGGUUGACCUUUUUAUGACAAGGGGAUUGUCAAAUGCAAUAUUGCCAGGAUAUGCUACCAAUGUCAGACAGGUGACUAAAGGUGCAAGCACGGCCACCCUCCAUUCAUUGCUAUGGAGGGCAACAGCACGGCUAUUUGCUGAACUCACAUAGAAGUGAAUGGAGAGGUGUCUGCACCUUCCCGCUGCGCUCUCCAUUUACUGCUGUGAGAGAAAUGGCGAAAUGCAUGCUCGCGUGGAACUCCCGUAGAAGUGAAUGGAGGGCACACCUCAGUUCUAGAGAUAGGUGGUCUCCUACUGCCGGGACCUGUACCUAUUUGACUUUGGUGAUGUAUCGUAGUGAUAGGUCACCAUUGUGUGAGAUGGUCCAACCCCAUUAAUGAAAUUUAUAUUUUUUAUAUUUUUUCUAAAAAUGUAUACUGUAUAUAUUGAAAAUGACUGCAUUACCCAUUACUAAAGCAGCCGUGCAGACUGAGAAAACAAAGGGAUAUUUUUGGUUCCCAUUUUAAUGGUGAUCUUGUGCCCCGUGUUAAUUUUUGCUGUAUUUAUUCAGAUGGUCAAUGUACUGUAAUUUAGUUAUAUCAUGAUCUAUACAGUUUUUUUUUUUUUUUUUUUUUUUAAAAACCUCAUGUAGGUAUAUGUAAAAAAGAACAAGUAAUCAUUAUUGGUAUUUAUUAGAAGAUCCAAAUUGCUUUGUAAAACUAUUAGAAUAACU